AUGGGGGUCCCUGCCUUCUACCGCUGGGUGCUGGAGAAGUACCCCAAGUGCGUCGUGGACUGCGUCGAGUCGCAGGCUGUCGUGCUCGAGGGCGAGCGCCACUUUGAGCUCACGGACACGACGGGUCCGAACCCCAAUGGCUUUGAAGUGGACAACUUGUACGUCGACAUGAACGGCCUCAUCCAUCCAUGUGCCCACCCCGAGAACGGAGAAGCGCCCAAGACCGAGGAAGAAAUGUACCGUCGGGUCAUGGCCUAUGUGGAUCGUCUCGUCGCUGCUGUGCGGCCGCGUCGCGUGUUGUACUUGGCCAUUGACGGCGUCGCACCGCGAGCCAAGAUGAAUCAACAACGUGCACGUCGCUUUCGCGCUGCGCAGGAGGCAGAACAGCGCAUGGAAGUGGAGAAAGAAGCGCUGGACUACAUGCGGGGCAUGGGCCACAAGGUGCCCACGAAGCAGGAAAAACCGUGGGACUCGAACGUGAUCACGCCUGGCACAAAGUUUAUGGCCAAACUGGCCAAACACUUGCGGUUCUAUAUUCGGGACCGAGUGAACAACAACACCGCGUGGAAAAGUAUCAAGAUCAUCUUGUCCGAUGCAGGAGUGCCUGGCGAAGGAGAGCAUAAGUUGAUGCAGUACGUUCGCGUGCAACGCUCGCAGCCUGGGUAUGACCCAAACCAGCACCACGUUCUGCACGGCCUGGACGCUGAUCUCAUUAUGCUGGGAUUGGCAACUCACGAAGUCAAGUUUUCGAUCUUGCGUGAAGAAGUGCUCUUUGGUAAGCAAAAGUACGAGCGCGAACGGCAAAAGGAGCAGCAGAUGGUGCUCGAUGCAAAUGGCACGACGUUGAGUAAGCGAAAACGUGGCGAGUUUGGAGAGCAUAACUCGGACUUGGUUGCGUCGGAUCUGAAGCCAUUGCAGUACCUGCACAUUGCGACGCUGCGUGAGUACCUUCAGAUUGAGUUUGAACCGUUGUCGCGUGUGCUGCCCUUUGAGUAUGAUUUCGAACGCGUGGUCGACGACUUUGUGUUCCUGUGUUUUUUCGUCGGCAACGAUUUCUUGCCACAUUUGCCGUCACUGGAUAUUCGGGAUGGCGCGCUAGACUUUCUCAUACUGAUCUACGCAAAGCUGUUGCCAGCCAUGGGAGGGUAUCUCACAGACGGAGGUCAUGUGGACUUAUCACGUGUCGAUGUGAUCCUUGCUGAGGUCGGUGAAGUGGAAGACGUGAUUUUUCAGCGUCGUGCGCUCAAAGAGGCCGAAAACGCAAGGAGACGGAAGUACUUCUUGACAAAUGAGAAGAAGGAUCAGAUUGCUGCUUCGGCUGCGAAGGACUCGGCGGUAGAGAUUUUGAAGAAGCGUCGUAUCGGUAAAGAUGUGAUUGCUCAGGACAAGAAGUACGGCGGCAUGACGCCAGAAGAGGCCGUCAAAGCACGUGUAAAAGAAAGCGUAGAGAAGAAACUGGAGCAGUAUCGCGAAGAAGUCCAGGAUGUUGUACGUCUGGGCGAACCCGGUUGGAAGACCCGAUAUUACAGCGACAAGCUGAAGGCAGACGACAUUGAGGUAGGAGGUGGACGCGAGCGCGUAUUUCAUGCUUAUAUUGAGGGCUUGUGCUGGGUGAUGCGAUAUUACUACACAGGCUGUGCGUCGUGGCAGUGGUUCUACCCGUUCCAUUACGCUCCGUUCGCAUCCGAUUUGCGCAACAUUGAUCGUUUUGAGAUCAAGUUCGAAGAGGGCCAUCCGUUCCAUCCGUUCGAGCAAUUGAUGGGUGUGUUCCCCGCCGGAAGUAAUCACGCGAUUCCGAAACCGUACCGGUGGUUGAUGUCCGAUCCGGAGUCGCCUAUCAUUGACUUUUAUCCAAAGGAUAUUCCCGUCGACCCGAAUGGCAAAGCAAUGCCGUGGCUAUGGGUGGUUCUGCUGCCAUUUAUCGACGAGAGCCGAUUACUUGAGGCCAUGAAAGAGCCGAACCAGAAAUUGACUGAAGCCGAAAAGAAGCGGAAUGCGCAGUUCGGUAAAGAUGUGGUCUUUUUCCACUCCAAGUGUCCCGUGACAAACACACUGCCGACCUCAGAGGCAGUAGAAGCACAAGCAGACCCCAGCCAGUCUCAGUCGUUCAACGGCACGCUCAUCUACGUGGAUGCACUCUACUUUGAUAUUGGUGGAGUUGUGCCAAGCCCCGAGAAGGCCCAAAGGCAUUUGGUGGACAUCCCAAACAACAGGUGUUACAGCUUCCAGUACCGCCUGCCACCCACGUUAUCGCAUCUGUCCAAGAUUUUGGAGGGUGCGCAGCUGCCCAGCCCUGUCCUGAUCUCGGACAACGACCGGCGAAUCACCAUCCCGUUCUUCGGCAAGGCCAACAUUAACAUUGUGGAUUUAGCUGGCGACGCUUCAAAUCACACGAAUGUGCGUCAGAACAGCAUGUCGCGCCACAAUGGCGGCGGUGGUGGUGGCGGUCGUGGCGGAUACGGUGGUCGUGGAGGUGGAGGUCGACAUGGAGGCGGCAGCGGGGGUCGUGGGUAUGGCAAUCAGGGAUAUCAACACCAAGGCAACCAGCGCUCGGGGAGCAACAACUUGAACGUGGAUCGCUACGGCGGUCCUCCGCAACAGCAGCAACAGCAGUACAACCAAUACUUGACCAACGGCCAUGGCAAUUGGGGCUCACAGGAGCCACGGAAUAAGCGUGGGCAGUACGGUGACUCGAACCAGUACAGCGGAGGCCAGGCGUCGUACGGUCGACCGAGCUCAGAGUACCGCAGCGGGCACAAUGGCAGGAACAGUGGCGGUCGCGGGUACCAAGGUGGGUUUGGUGGCCGAGGAGGACGUGGAGCUCCCAUCCAGUCGGCGUUCGGAGGCCAUUUGCAGACUGCCCAGGCGUACCCCUCGACGCACGCUGGAUCGGCGUCGUCCGCUGCUCCGGCACCUCGCAGCCUCGAUGCAUUGAAGGCUGGACUUCGCAGCAUGCACGAGCAGCGCCAGAACAAUCCAAAGGGUCCGUCGAAAGCUGAUGCCAGGCGCUAUGACCGCUCGUGA